AUGGAUAUUCACUGCAAAGCAGACCCGUUCUCAGCGAUGCACCUCUCCCACAUAGGACAUGGGGGUGUAAACCAGCUAGGCGGGGUGUUUGUGAACGGAAGACCUCUACCUGACGUUGUGAGGCAGAGAAUCGUAGAGCUCGCGCACCAAGGGGUCAGGCCCUGUGACAUUUCGCGACAACUGAGGGUCAGCCACGGCUGCGUCAGCAAAAUCCUAGGCAGAUACUAUGAGACCGGCAGCAUUAAACCGGGUGUCAUUGGUGGGUCCAAGCCAAAGGUGGCCACACCGAAGGUUGUGGAUAAAAUUGCGGAAUACAAGAGACAGAAUCCUACAAUGUUUGCGUGGGAGAUCCGGGACAGACUAUUAGCAGAGGGAAUUUGUGACAACGAUACAGUUCCCAGUGUCUCGUCUAUUAACAGGAUCAUUCGGACUAAAGUUCAGCAGCCUUUCCACCCGUCUUCAGAUGGCACAUCUCUCUCCACACCGGGCCACACUAUAGUGCCUAGCACAACCUCCCCGCCCGUGUCCAGUGCCUCCAAUGACCCUGUGGGCUCCUAUUCCAUCAAUGGCAUCCUGGGAAUUCCCCGUUCAAAUGGAGAGAAGAGGAAAAGAGAUGACGAUGGUUCUGAUGGCUCGGGUCCAAACAGCGACUCCCAGGGCAGUGUGGAGAGUUUACGUAAACACCUCCGUGCAGACGCUUUUACACAGCAGCAGCUGGAAGCCCUGGACCGAGUGUUUGAGCGUCCAUCAUAUCCUGACGUCUUCCCCAACUCAGAGCACAUCAAACCAGAGCAGGGUAAUGAAUACACCCUACCAGCCAUGAACGCAGGACUGGAUGAAGUGAAACCCAGUUUAUCUUCCAGUUCCAACCCUGACCUGGGCCCCGGCGUAUCCCAAAGCUACCCUGUAGAGACAGGGAGAGAUAUGGCCAACACAACCUUACCUGGGUAUCCCCCUCACGUUCCCCCCACAGGCCAGGGCAGUUACCCAACAUCAACACUUGCUGGAAUGGUUCCUGGGAGCGAGUUUUCAGGGAACCCCUACACUCAUCCGCAAUACACAACAUACAAUGAAGCAUGGAGGUUCAGCAACCCAGCAUUACUAAUGCAUCCAGAAGCUCCGCCCCUCCCGCUGCUACCACUGCCUAUGACCGCCACUAGUUACCACGGGAACCAAACCAAGCGCCAGACCCGUGGUUUCGGACUCCAUGUCGUGCCCGUUUGA